AUGGACUGCGAUAUCAGUCAGCACCUAACCCAGAAAAUGAAUGAUUCUAAAAACAGCAGCAUUCUGGAAACUCUGCCUGCAGAUCAAGUUCUUCAGCUCAACAUCCCCUAUGCUGCCGCAGAACUUGUGAUUGCUGUGCUCUCCACAGUGGGCAACAUGCUUGUCUGUGUUGCAGUGAUGAAGAACAGAAAACUACAAACAGUCACCAACUACUUCCUGGUCUCACUGGCCACUGCCGACAUCUGUGUGGGAGCCCUGGCCAUCCCUUGCGCUAUAAUGACCGAUUUGGGCAUUCCCAGGUACAACCUAUACCUCUGUCUACUAAUGCUGUCAGUGCUUAUCAUGCUAACCCAAAGCUCAAUUUUUAGCUUGCUUGCUGUGGCAGUGGAGCGUUACAUUGCAAUCUUCCUCCCCUUCCAUUAUCAGACCAUCAUGACCCCGAGAAAUGCCAUAAUCAUUAUCAUUGUCACCUGGAUUUUAGCUUUCUUGAUCGGACUGGUUCCUCUGAUGGGGUGGCAUAAAACGUCUCCCGACUCAGGUUACUGUUUCUUUGUCUUUGUGGUCGAUAUGACGUACAUGGUUUAUUUUAACUUCUUUGCCUGCGUGCUGACCCCCCUCAUCAUCAUGUUCCUCAUCUAUGCCCAGAUCUUCAUUGCUGUGAAGCAUCAAAUCAGGCGAAUGGCAGCCAACAACAUCCAGAGCAAUGUGCAGAACAAGCAAGCAGACAGCAUUAAAAAGGAGAUGAAGACAGCCACCUCCCUGUUUCUGGUUCUCUUCCUAUUCACCAUCUGCUGGAUUCCUCUGCACAUCAUCAACUGCUUUAUCGUGCUCUGCCCCCAUUGCUCCAUCCCACUACCGCUACUCCUAACGGCCAUCAUCCUGUCCCACGCCAACUCUGCCGUCAACCCCAUCCUCUAUGCUUACAAGAUGAAGUCUUUCCGGAGGACCUUCAAGGCCAUUUUCCUGUGCUACAGCAAUGUGGUAGAGCCAGAGGACUUACCAGAGGAACACUAG